GGGCAUCUUGAGAGGCUGGAAACGUGAACAGGCUUAAAGUAUGGCAUGUGGCGAAGAUGGUUUCUGUCCAGAAGGUACCUGCGAUCGUGCUGUGCUCCGGGGUCAGCCUCGCCCUCCUGCACGUCCUGUGCCUGGCGACUUGUUUAAACGAAUCCCCAGGACAGAAUUCAAAGGACGAGAAAUUGUGCCCGGAAAAUUUUACCCGUAUCCUGGACAGUUUGCUGGAUGGUUAUGACAACAGACUGCGUCCUGGAUUUGGGGGUCCUGUUACAGAGGUGAAAACUGAUAUAUAUGUCACCAGCUUUGGACCCGUUUCUGAUGUUGAAAUGGAAUACACAAUGGAUGUGUUCUUCAGACAGACAUGGAUUGACAAAAGACUGAAAUAUGAUGGCCCCAUUGAAAUCCUGAGGUUGAACAAUAUGAUGGUCACCAAAGUUUGGACCCCUGAUACUUUCUUCAGGAAUGGAAAGAAAUCUGUCUCCCAUAACAUGACAGCUCCAAAUAAACUUUUUAGAAUUAUGAGAAAUGGCACUAUUUUAUACACAAUGAGACUCACCAUAAGUGCGGAGUGUCCCAUGAGACUGGUGGAUUUUCCUAUGGACGGUCAUGCCUGCCCUUUGAAAUUUGGGAGUUAUGCAUAUCCCAAGAGUGAGAUGAUCUACACCUGGACCAAAGGCCCUGAGAAGUCAGUGGAGGUACCAAAGGAGUCCUCGAGCUUAGUUCAGUAUGAUCUAAUUGGCCAGACUGUAUCCAGUGAGACUAUCAAAUCUAUUACAGGUGAAUACAUUGUUAUGACCGUGUACUUUCACCUCAGACGGAAGAUGGGCUAUUUUAUGAUUCAGACAUAUAUCCCGUGCAUCAUGACAGUGAUCCUUUCUCAAGUUUCCUUCUGGAUCAAUAAGGAGUCUGUUCCAGCCAGAACUGUAUUUGUUUGCUGCUGUCAACUAUUUCACCAACAUUCAAAUGCAAAAAGCCAAAAAGAAGAUAUCAAAACCUCCUCCAGAAGUUCCAGCUGCCCCAGUACUGAAGGAAAAACAUACAGAAACAUCUCUUCAGAAUACACAUGCUAAUUUGAACAUGAGGAAAAGAACAAAUGCAUUAGUCCACUCAGAAUCAGAUGUCAACAGCAGAACUGAGGUGGGGAACCAUUCCAGCAAGACCACCGCUGCCCAGGAGUCUUCUGAAACCACUCCUAAGGCCCACUUGGCUUCCAGUCCAAAUCCAUUCAGCAGGGCAAAUGCAGCUGAGACUAUCUCUGCAGCAGCAAGAGGUCUUUCGUCUGCCGCAUCGCCCUCUCCUCACGGGACACUGCAGCCAGCUCCUUUGCGGUCGGCGUCUGCUCGCCCGGCAUUUGGAGCUAGACUUGGGCGCAUUAAGACAACAGUUAAUACGACAGGGGUGCCUGGGAAUGUGUCAGCCACACCUCCUCCCUCUGCUCCACCACCUUCUGGAUCUGGCACAAGUAAAAUAGACAAAUAUGCUCGUAUUCUCUUUCCAGUCACAUUUGGGGCAUUUAACAUGGUCUACUGGGUGGUUUAUUUAUCUAAGGACACCAUGGAGAAAUCAGAAAGUCUAAUGUAAUUUUGUUGCUAAAGCAAUUUCAUAACCGUGAUGGAAAUACAGACUGUCUUUUUAAAUGUUUUUAAAGGUAAGUAUUCUUUACUAAAAUAAAAAUUCUAUGUCAUUUUUUCACUUUAAAAAAAUACAAGGCAGAUAUGGAGAGAGUUAAUAAUCUCUUCGGUGGCUAGAAAGUGAACUGCCUUUGCUUAUAGAAAGAAGGUUUUAAAAGAAUCUAUUCAGUGUUCAAAUGAGAUGGAACACAGAGCAUUACGGAAAGUAGGAGCAAGAGAACCAGAGCCAGAAGGGAUAUGUGGUACACAUUUUUUGCAUUGAAAUUUGAAAAAAAAAAGACUGAAUUUUUUAAAAAUAUAACCCAUGAAAUCAAACAGACACUGAAAACUUCCCAAUGGCACUGCCCUUAACCAGAACUGUGUGCUGGAAGUCAUAUGCAGUGACCUCUGCAGUCUUCAUAGUACCAGCAAAGUAAGACCUUCUCUGUUAAACACAACGCUGGGAAGAGGAAAACGGAACAAAACAAACACUGAUCAAUACAUGACACCUCUGCUGCAUCAGUAACAGACACCGACCAGGGCAAAUGUGUUUUCUGGCACAUAAUUGGUCAAACAAUACUUAACAGUUGACUUGAAAUGUUGUGCUUCGAGCCAAAGUUAAAUUCAUUGUAUAAAUUCUUUUUCCUAGUAAGUCAUUCAGUUAUGUACUGUAUACAUUGACCACAUAGUUCCUCAGAGCCUGGAACCUACUGUGUUCUAGGUGCUGUUUAGAGAAUCUUCUAAGGAAGCUCUCUCACCUUCACAAAGAUACUUCAAUAGUAGGACAGUCAAUGCAUGUUAAAGAACCAUAAUUUAGCUGAGGACAUUAUGUUCUUUAAUGAAGGCCAUUUAGUUAGCGUCAGACAAUAUAGCCAAUAUAUUUGUUUCUCCUGAGCUGACAAAGGAAAACAAAUAAAGUUCUUAUAGCAGCUUGGAGAUAAGUACAUGUUAGUACAAUCUAGAUGAUUGGUUCUCAAACUAUAAGGAAUUACUGAUACAGGUUGUUCUAUAGGUGAAAAAGUAUUAUAUACCUGAAACAUAUAAUUCUGGGCACUGGAAAACCUAACGUAUUACCUGUGUCAGAUUUGAUUCAGGUCACAUAAUAGUUUGCCCACUGUACCAGAAUCAUCCAAAUAAAAGACUGCACAGGCCGUUUGUCUGCUUACCCCAAUAGAGAGUACUACUAACUGCUGAAAUGCUAACGUCCUCCCCAGCUUCUGUGCUCUGAACAUCUGUAUGUCUGGCAUGUUUUGUAUUUGUUUUUCUGAGAGUUUGAUAAGAUUUUAUAACCAAGCUACUUUAAAAAUUAAAGAAGCAACUAGAGAAAGAAGAGAAUAAAAAUAUCAUAGCCUGAGGUGGGAUGUCAGUGAGUGUUAUGCAACAUAUCUGGGUUUUCAAGUGCUGACUUUUCCUUUUCAUCAUGGAGGCUUAAGCCUAAUUGAAUCAUUGCAGCUUUUAAAAUAGCUCAAUCCUGGUUGAUAUUUUUGGUGUUUCACUUCCAGAUUCUUUUUCCUGUAUCUCUACCUGUUCUUGGUAUGUGUAAAUGAAUGUGGUCUGGGUGUGGGAAGGGGAAACAUUUGAUAGAAACGCCCAUCUUAUAGAAAGAAUCUCUUAUUUUCUGGGGUAAAAUUAUAUUGAUUCAUAUGAACUUCUGAGUUACUGCAUUGGUUUGUAAUGGUUGCCCAUGAGACUUAUAAAAAUUGAAAAUGUCAAAUUUUAAUUGACUUCCAACUGAGAAUUCGUUCUUUUUUUUAUUUCUAAAUGUUUUGUAGAAUUAAAUCCACUUUAAAGUUGAAAGAUGUUGAAGACAUCUUUACUUAUAAAUUGAUUCUAGCAAAAUGGGGCCUGGGAAAAUCUGUAAAUAUGUUUAUACAUUUAAUAAAAAGUACUUGUACAUAAAA